AUGAGUAGCACCCUCUCUCUUGGUGGUACCACUUCUCUUGUUAAUGACAAUCUAAUCACUGUCGAGAAGAACGGCAAAAUCGUCCCUCUAGUUUGUUCGAAAAACGCAGUCGUCACUGGCGACGAGAAAAGCGGCAAAAUAAAGAUCAACUUUACGGAAAACCCGUUGAAAAUCGGAAAAGUUUCGAAGCAGCGCAUCGUUAUCGUCACUUCUUCUCAGGUGUUUCUGUACGGUCACAAGUCCUACUGCCACUUUGCGACGUGGAAUUCAAAGACACCGAUUACUGCAGCAACAAGUCAUGAAGACAUUUCGAGGGUUUUCUUUGGACAUGAAGAUGGGAGGAUUAGAAUUAUGAAAAUUACUGGCUCGGGCUUUGCCAGUGAUGUGACUUUAGAUUCCUCAUCAAGUAAAAAAGACUGCUCGAUCAUGGCCAUGGAUUGCGAUGGCAAAACUCUUGCCGUUGUCGAUGAGACUGGCUGGGUAACUGUUUGGAAUAUUGAAGUCAACAACCAGCUUUUAUACAGUCUCAAACUCCAGGAAACGAUCGCUACAACAGUAUGUGUAGCGCCUCAAACGCUUCUGAUCGGAACGAUGGAUGGUGCGAUUAUCGGACUUGAAAAAGACACCGUCAAAUUUCGAAUAAAUGGCCAUACAGCCGGCGUUACGAGCAUAGUUUCAAAAGCUGAUCCAAAUGUUUCCCCUCAAUUAUGCGUUUCCACGGGCGAAGAUGGGCGAAUCCUUCUAUUCACUUCAUCCGGCUCUGUCAUAAAGAGCGAAUUAAUAGGCGAUUAUUUGCUCACUGGAAUGAAUGAGCAGGAACGCGAGCAGUUCUUUCUGCGCGCAGAUUAUGCGAAAGUCAAUCGAGAAAAGAUAAAUCUUCCAUCGGCCUCGGUGAGCUUCUCUCCUUUUGUCGAGCAGAACAAGUUUCGUUUGAUUGAACUCAAUGAAGAUUUGGAAUUAGCGUUGAAAAGAGGAGAAGAUGUUGUUAUCCGAGGGGAUCCAAAAGACGGCGUUGUCGUCUGCACAGACACGAAGACAUUUGACAUCAAAAUGUGCACUACAUCGAACGAACUUCUUGUCAGCCCAGACUUGAUUAUUUCCCGAAACAAGGAAGGGCCUGAAAAAAGCGAACCAAAAGGAGUCUCUAUGGACGAACUACUUGAUCGCGUUCAAGCUUCAAAAACUCAAAUAUUAGACGAACUAGAUCGGCUUGGUGCAGUUAAUCGUGAUGGAUGGAAACUUGUUACGGACAUGGAGAAAGUAGCGCAGGCAAUUUGCAUGACGAUCGAUUCCGAGUCCUGGUCAAUAGCAGCGAUCGACGCAGAAGGAUUGGCUCAGACUGUCAACGACGCAGGGGAAGUCUAUCCUGAGUGGGCAAUCUACCAUUGCUUGAAGAAUAUGUCGAUCAGUGAGAACAUGGGAACUUUCGAACUCUGUCCGAAGAGGCUUUCUAUCCAAGUUGCUCUUUUCAUCCUCAAAGAUAAUGCGGAGAAAACUGGCCAAUCUAUCAUUUUGGACGAAUUUAUGGAAGUUUGGAGUGCAGUGCUUCCGAGCGAAGUAACACCAGAAUUAAACGACUUGUUUGGAUUCGCCUAUCUCUCAUCAGACUCGUCAAGAGGAAAAAGCACAGAAGUCAUCAACUAUCUCAACCCGAUGAGUUUGCCUAGAGAGCCGCUCACACUUUUCAAUUACCUUUUCUCUCUCAAAAAACAGUGGACGGAAGCAGAACUUCAAGCGCUCGCAAAACGCGUCACUCCUCCAGGAAAGCAAGCUUCCGCAAUCAUAUCGAAAUUCUGCCGCCAAUCGAAGUCGUCCACCGGAGCCAAGCUCUUUACCAGUAAGACCCCAAAUAACAAUAAUGCCUCUGAAUGA